GGUACCAGCCUCCCCAAAAGCAGGGGGCAGAAAUCCGAGAGCAGGGGUUUUCCGACCCCUCAGGCGGGCGGGGAGAAGGAUGGCAGCCAUGACGGUGAGACCCAGGCCCUGACCCCCCGCAGGAGGGGGCCCCGAGCCCUCCCGUGCACGAGCAGCCGCAGGAGGACCUGGGCGCUGGGAGGGAGGAGGGGCGCCCGCCCGGGAAGGCGCCAGGGUCUGGGCCGCCGCCAGAGUCGGACGGUGGGCGAGCCGGUGCAGCUCCUGCUGGUGAAGGACAAGAGGAAGAGUCCCAGCACACGCUCAGAGAUAGUGAAGCAUGUUAUGGGGCUGAAGGACCUAUUCCCCGCAGAGCAUCUGCGGUGUGUUGGUUUCGAGCUCAAACAGCUUGACCGCAAGCACCACAUCCUCAUCAACAGACUACAACCUCCGGAGGAGGAGGAUCUGGGAGGAGAUGGCCCUAAAUUGGGGCUCUUAGUGAUGAUCUUGAGCUUUAUCUACAUGAAAGGUAAUAGCGCCAGGGAGGUCCAGGUCUGGGAGAUGCUGCGUCGGUUGGGGAUGCGACCCUCAAAGUAUCGCUUCCUCUUUGGAUACCCGAAGAGGCUGAUUAUGGAAGAUUUUGUGCAGCAGCCAGACCUGGGUUACAGGCGGGUGCCUCUCACCAAUCCACUAGAAUAUGCAUUCUCUUGGGGUCCCCGAAGCAGCCUGGAAAUCAGCAAGAUCAAAGUCUGGGGGUUUGGGGCCAAGCUCCAUAAGGAAGUACCCAACCAGUGGCCAGUCCAGUACCGUGAGGCCCUGGCAGACAAAACCGACAGGGCCAGAGCCGAGGUCAGUAUCAGGGCAGGGCCUCGGCUGGCAUCCGCCACUGGUAAGGGCUAGUGGAAAGGUGGCCAGCGGGGACCCUGUGUGUACCCAACCUACAGUCUUGAGUCAUGAUAGUAGGGGUAGGGGGGUAGAAAUUGCACAACUUUGGGAUUUUGAUUUACUAUGUUAUUACAUUUAAUGCACUUUUUAAAAAUGCUGUUUAAAGUAAAAUUGGUCUACUUUUUCCUGUAGGAUUUCAUUGUACAGUAUUACUGGUUUUGUAAAAUAGAUAGAAAACUCUUGCCCUUUUUUUCUGGGAUCUUGAACAGAUUGUGCAGUAUUGAGGUGCUGUACUUUAAUGGUUUAAAGAACUCCACAGUAUAAUGAUUUGGUACUAGGAAAAAUAAAUUCUGAUUGGUGCCUAGCCUCUCAACACUUUUUGUCUAUUGUACUAAAAAGAAAAAGAGAGAGAGAGACAUGUACUUCUAUUUGUUUAGCUAUUACAGUAUCUAGAGAUGCAAUAAAUUAGAAGUAUACCCUGAUAUGCUUAACAGAUGAAACAGUUGUUGCAUAUCUUGGUUGUUUUUUUGUGUGUGUGAUGCACAGUUUUGGGUAUUUGGGGAUAAGAUGCUGAACAUCAUAAAGGUCCUACUGUUUUCAGAAUUGGAGAGUAACUAAACAAGAAACGUCAGCACCGUGACUUGAAGGCUGUGAACUAGCUGAGGUAAUUGGGAAGGAUUGCUUGAGGUUGCCUUUAGUUAGAUUUUUUGGGAAGAGGAAAAGAUGGAGCAGGGGAAGGGGAGGAAGGGAACAGAGGAGAAGAUGGGGAAGCUGAGGUUUGGGAAUGGUAUUGAAGAUGAAUGACAUGGAGCCAGCAAGUGGUAUAGUGGUUAAAGU